UUUGUGGUUCAGACAAGUGCAGCAGGUUACUCUCCUUGGCUUCCGAAGGGGAGAGUGAGGUGAUGGCUGCAUUUAAGUUGGAUUUCCUUCCAGACAUGAUGGUGGACCACUGUUCUUUGAAUUCCGGUCCUGUCUCAAAGAAAAUGAACGGCACCCUGGACCACCCAGACCAACCAGACCUGGAUGCUAUCAAGAUGUUUGUGGGCCAGGUUCCGAGGACCUGGUCUGAGAAAGACUUGAGAGAACUCUUUGAACAGUAUGGUGCUGUCUAUGAAAUCAAUGUUCUGAGAGAUAGGAGCCAAAACCCUCCUCAAAGCAAAGGGUGCUGUUUUGUUACGUUUUACACUCGUAAAGCUGCAUUAGAAGCGCAGAAUGCUCUUCACAACAUGAAAGUCCUCCCAGGGAUGCAUCAUCCUAUACAGAUGAAGCCUGCUGACAGUGAGAAGAACAAUGUGGAAGACAGGAAGCUGUUUAUUGGUAUGAUUUCCAAGAAGUGCACGGAAAAUGACAUCCGAGUCAUGUUCUCUUCAUUUGGACAGAUUGAAGAAUGCCGGAUAUUGCGGGGACCUGAUGGCUUGAGCCGAGGUUGUGCAUUUGUGACUUUUACAACAAGAGCGAUGGCACAGACAGCUAUCAAGGCAAUGCACCAAGCACAAACCAUGGAGGGUUGCUCAUCCCCCAUGGUAGUGAAGUUUGCGGAUACACAAAAGGAUAAAGAACAGAAGAGAAUGGCUCAGCAGCUUCAGCAGCAGAUGCAGCAAAUCAGCGCAGCAUCUGUGUGGGGGAACCUCGCUGGUUUAAAUACUCUUGGACCCCAGUAUUUAGCACUUUAUUUGCAGCUCCUUCAGCAGACUGCCUCCUCUGGGAACCUCAACACCCUGAGCAGCCUCCACCCAAUGGGAGGGUUAAAUGCAAUGCAGUUACAGAACUUGGCAGCACUGGCUGCCGCAGCUAGCGCAGCUCAGAAUACACCAAGUGGUACCAAUGCUCUCACUACAUCCAGCAGUCCCCUCAGCGUCCUUACCAGUUCAGGGUCCUCACCUAGCUCCAGCAGCAGCAACUCUGUCAACCCGAUAGCCUCCCUUGGAGCCUUGCAGACAUUAGCUGGAGCAACAGCUGGUCUCAAUGUCAGCUCUCUGGCAGGAAUGGCUGCUUUAAAUGGCGGCCUGGGAAGUGGCGGCCUUUCCAAUGGCACUGGGAGCACAAUGGAGGCCCUCACCCAGGCCUACUCUGGGAUCCAGCAAUACGCUGCCGCAGCGCUCCCCACACUCUACAACCAGAAUCUUUUGACACAGCAGAGUAUUGGUGCUGCUGGAAGCCAGAAGGAAGGUCCAGAGGGAGCCAACCUGUUCAUCUACCACCUGCCCCAGGAGUUUGGCGAUCAGGACCUGCUGCAGAUGUUUAUGCCCUUUGGGAAUGUCGUGUCUGCCAAGGUUUUUAUAGAUAAGCAGACAAACCUGAGCAAGUGUUUUGGUUUUGUAAGUUACGACAAUCCUGUUUCUGCUCAAGCUGCCAUCCAGUCUAUGAACGGCUUUCAGAUUGGCAUGAAGCGGCUUAAAGUGCAGCUCAAACGUUCAAAGAAUGACAGCAAGCCCUACUGAGCGUGCUCCCCUCUGAGACUGGAGUGAGAGGGUCUUCUGGUUUGGCUCCUGCUCUGACCUGUGACCCACCCAGCCUCUGGGCUUUGCCUUUGCUCCCAGAAAUGUUGUGGGGUGGUGAGCUAGGAAGGAUAUGGUGGCGACAUAUACCUGGGCAGAGGUAAUCCUACAAGGAUCUGUCUAUUAACCAAGGCCAGGGACUGGGUCUCUAGGAGCUUAAGCCUCACAAACAUCAGUCCUGACCUUAGCAGCAGAGACCGUAGAAGGAUUGGUUCACCGUAAGACAGAUGGGCUGUCCUUGUCACGCUCUCCAUUUAGGUAGCAGACAGCAGACAGGGAUUGACCAUCUUGCCUCAUAAAGGUAGUUGGUGGUGUUGGGCUUUCCCCCCCCAUUGAAACUGGGACAGUUCUUUCCUACUCAUAGUGAUAACUUGAGUCUGUUGUCCUCUAAGAAACGUGAAACAUACACUUCUGAAGCUGAACCACGUAAACUUGAAUUUUGCGCACUUGGGAGAAAUGUGUCCUAUGUUUCAGAGGAUAAAACUGUUCCAAAGGCUUCCAGGGGCAUGAUGGGGUUUUUUAAAUAAAUGCAAAAAAUAAAAA